AUGAAAUCUACUGUAAACUACCAAUAUGACUACGAGGAGUUCGACUACAGAGAUGAAGUUUGCAAUAAAACAGACGUUCUCAGAUUUGGAUCCAUCACGACCCCGAUAUUCUUCUCCGCAGUGAUCGCCCUGAGUCUCGUGGGGAACAUCUUGGUCCUCGUGGUCCUGGUGCUGUACGAUACCCUCCGAUCGCUCACAAAUACUUUCAUUCUACACCUGGCCCUUUCGGACUUGGUCUUCACGUUCGGACUGCCGUUCUGGGCGUAUGAUCAUCUGUGGGGAUGGACGCUCGGAGAGAGAACCUGCAAAGCCGUUAAUUUUGUCUUCUACGCCGGAUAUUACAGCAGCAUCGUUUUUCUAAUGAUAAUGACCAUCCACCGCUAUCUGGUGGUGGUCCAUCCACUCUCUGACUUUGGAACCAGGAAGCAUUUAUAUGGGAUCAUCGCCUCCUCCAUUAUCUGGACAGUGAGCUUUGCAGCAGCCGUCCCCUCCCUCCUCUACACCAAGGUCGUACUCCACAACGGAGUGUUGUACUGCACGUACGACGACAUAACUUGGAAGACGGCUUCGGCUUUCGGGCAAAACAUAGUUUUCUCGCUGGCGUUUUUGGUGAUCGCCUUCUGUUACGCCAACAUUCUGCGGAAAAUCCUCCGAUCGAGAUCGCACGCAAGGCACAUAACCGUGAAGCUAAUCUUCGCCGUGGUUGUGGUGUUUUUCGUGGGAUGGGCGCCGUACAAUACGAUGAUAUUUCUGAGAUCGCUGGCGGAUUUGCAGGUGCCACCUUUCGACCAGUGCGAAAUCAGUAUCGCGGUUGAUUAUGGGUUUUAUGUCUGUCGUCUGAUUGCCUUCUCUCAUUGCUGCUUGAACCCCGUCUUUUACGUCUUUGUUGGCGUGAAGUUCAGGACCCACCUAACAUGUGAGUUUAACAUGGAUGUCAUGUAG